AUUCCGAUUUAUGCUACUUUUUAUACUUUCGGUUCGGAACAGAAAAAUUGUUUCAUUCAUUGUCUGCAAAUUGACCUGCGGUAUGGCAUAAUGUAGGUGUACCCAUUUUCUCUGCGGAAUUCAUUUCGAAGCAGACUGCAUUAGAACGCACCUUUAUACGCGCGCGUCGAAUGUCGGCUAUCGCAUAUACCUAUUAUACCUGCGUAUAGAUAUGCGCCUUGUAUAGAACACUGAUAGAUAAAACAAGAUAGCAGGUUGUUUACGGUAAAUUUUUUCUUCCUUUUUCAAGACUAUUGUUUGGGUUGUUCCAUAAAUGUACAUAUAAUCAACGACGAUCAGCUGAUGCCAAUAAGUUGAAAAUAUACUAAAACUCAGUCCUAUAAGACAGGUACUUAGCAUAGGAGCGGUCGGUACCUAUACAGAGACACACACGGCUUCUCGCAUCGAAGAUGUCAAACGCGGAAAGCUUGCCGAAUCUCCAGAAGGAGAUCUUUGAGAAGAUCAGCAACAAUAAAACCGACGAACUGAAGGCUCUGCUGGCCGCUCAUAAAAUUAAAAUCGACUUUAUUGACGAGAAUGGAAUGAGCCCAUUGCAGCAUGCCUGCUAUAAGGGUAACAAGGAAAUUGUACAGAUGCUUCUUGACCACGGUGCCGAUCCAAACCAGUGUAAACACGAACAUCAAUACACAGCCUUGCACUUUGCUGCUCUGAGCGGCAAUGCAGACCUUUGUCAGCUUUUGAUGUCAUAUGGUGCAAAAAUGAGUGCAACCAACAGUGUCGGUAGGACUGCUGCCCAAAUGGCAGCUUUUGUUGGAAAUCACAAUUGCGUAGCAACAAUCAACAAUUUUAUUCCCAAAGCAGACAUAGAUUAUUACAUAAAACCGCAAGGUCUGCAAACAGAGCCAAUGCUGCAACCACAUUUAGCUGAUUCCUUCCAUUCAUUUAUAACACAGGUCAAUGUUCACCCAGUUCGCGUCAUUAUGAAUUUACAGAAGUUUCCAGGACUAUUGGAUAAUUUGCCUAUGAUUCAAAAAGUUCUUGAAGCAAUGCGACAAAGAGAAAUGACCAGAGCAGAAGCUAAUGAAGUGAUGGCUUUCAAAUAUCAUUACUUGAGUUGCGUGGUGGCUGAAGUUAUCAAAUGCCAAAAACGUCAAGAAGCUAUGAAAGCUGAUAAAAUUGACAAAGAGAAGGGGCCUGAUGAAAAAGUUGAAGAAAAGAGUGACGAGAAGAGGUCGGAUGUCAUAGAACUACUUGCUAAGAAAUUUUUGAAAUGCAAAAGUGAUGGAACACUCGAGUAUCAAGAAUUAUUUUUGAGAGAAACAGUAAGAGAGUUUCAUUACAGAGAAAGUGCUAUUUUUCGUCAGAUGGUCGCUACUUUGGCUAGCUCAGAUCCACCCAGUGCCAUAUCUGUCAUUGCAGCAGCUAUCAAUGGACAGCGUGCUUUCACUGAUAACGCACAAGAUUGUGUCACUUGUGGAGAAGAAAAAGCCACAAAGAAAUGCAGUAAAUGUAAACAGGUCCAGUAUUGUGAUAGAGAGUGUCAGAGGCUACACUGGUUUAUCCAUAAAAAGACUUGUUCUCGUUUGAUACAAUUAAAUACGUCAAAUGCCAAAGUACCUGAUCCAAAUAGUGAACAAAUAAGCAAUGCAGUGACAUCAAGACUUAAAAAUUUAGAUAUCAAUUAAAUCUUAUUUAUUUGUAUUUACAUGUAUAGUUACUACUUUAUCAUACGCAUACACAAAAUGUUUUACAUAUUCAUUAAUUUUAUGUCUGUAUUGAUCUCGUGAUUCUAAAACCUAAAUCUAAAAUUUAAAUAACGGUGCUGUUUAAAAAAUGGGAGCCAUAUUUUU